AUGUACCACCUCGCCAAAGGGCUGUACAUGCUCGCGACGAGCAAGGAGGCGCGCCUCUUUUCGUCCUCCUCCUCGGCAGAAUACUCGGUCAUCCUGCUCGGGCUCGACAACGCGGGCAAGACGACGUUCCACGAGCAGGUCAAGGCGCUCUUCCACCCGGACGCGCCCGAGCCCAAGCUCAAGACGGUGCCGACGGUCGGGCAGAACGUGUCCACCAUCACGCUGCCCGACAUGUACAUGAAGGUCUGGGACGUGGGCGGGCAGCACAGCCUGCGCAAGCUGUGGCAGAGCUACUACACGAGCUGCCACGCCAUCGUCUUCAUCAUCGAUAGCACCGACAUCGGCGACGGCGUGCUCGAGCCGCGCGCGGGCGUCGACGGCGACGACGACGAUACCAAUAAUGAUGGCGCCGGUGGUGUUGGUGGUAGCGGCGAUGCGCCGGGCGACGGGGAGCCCGCACCCC